AUGGCUUGGCGCAAUCAAGGCAUCACAGGCUCUAAUAACAUCCCUCUGGGCAGCCGACGCCGUGGGUUCGGGGAGGAGGAGGAAGAUGAUAGUCGCACCGCGACUCCUUCCUCUGUGCCUGAUGGCCCUAAGCGUGGCCGCAGUCCCAUUCGAGCCGAGCCCGCGGCCGAUGGCGUGAAGAGGCGCAAGAAGCGCAACCGCUGGGGAGACCAGCAAGAGAAUAAGGCCGCCGGUCUGAUGGGCCUGCCCACGAUGAUCAUGGCGAACUUCACCAGCGAACAACUUGAGGCUUACACCCUGCAUCUGCGCAUCGAAGAGAUCAGCCAGAAGCUUCGGAUCAACGACGUGGUCCCAGCUGAUGGUGACAGAUCUCCUUCGCCCCCGCCGCAGUACGACAACUUUGGUAGACGUGUGAACACCCGCGAGUACCGCUACCGCAAGCGCCUCGAGGAUGAGCGUCACAAGCUGGUCUACGUCCCAGUCAAUGACUAUCCAGAGAUUAACUUCAGACCUCGUGGAAACACCCUGAAGAAAAUGGAGACCGAGUCUGGUGCCAAGAUCGCCAUUCGCGGCAAAGGUUCCGUCAAGGAGGGCAAGGGUCGAUCUGACGCCGCUCACGCUAGCAACCAGGAGGAAGACCUUCACUGUUUGAUCAUGGCCGAUACCGAAGAGAAGGUGAACAAAGCUAAGAAGCUGGUUCACAAUGUCAUUGAGACGGCCGCUUCUAUUCCCGAAGGCCAGAACGAGCUCAAGCGCAACCAGCUUCGUGAGCUGGCUGCUCUCAACGGUACUCUCCGUGAUGAUGAGAACCAAGCUUGUCAGAACUGUGGUCAAAUUGGACAUCGCAAGUACGACUGUCCCGAGCAGCGCAACUUCACUGCCAACAUUAUCUGUCGCGUCUGUGGCAACGCCGGACACAUGGCCCGCGAUUGUCCCGACCGCCAGAGAGGCAGCGACUGGCGCAACAACGCCGGUGGUGGUGCUGCUGGUGGCCGUGGUGCUCCUCGUGCUAUCGGCACUGGCGAUGCUGUCGACCGUGAGAUGGAGCAACUCAUGAACGAACUGUCCGGUGGUGCUCCUGUCGACUACCCGCCCCGUCGUAUUGAGGCUGGCCCUGAGCAGGGUGGCCACCCUGACGAGGGUGACGCGAAGCCCUGGCAGCGCGGUCCUCCUGGUCCUCCUGCCAGUGACGUCGCUCCUUGGCAACAGCGAGGCCGUGACAACCGUCGCGACGACUACGGAUCCCGCGGUGGAGGUGGCGGUGGUGACUACGGUGCUCCUCCCCUUGGGCUGCUGCUCAGCAAAGUCGAGGUGGCGAUUACGGCGGCUAUGGAGCUCAGGCCGGAUAUGCUGCACCUGGCACCGCUCCCGGUGCUCCGCCUGGUGCUGCUCCUUGGCAGCAACCGGCACCUCCUGGUGGCCAAGCUUCGUACGGAUAUGGCGGUUAUGGAGGUUACGCUUACCCUCCUGGCAUGGCUGCUCCUCCUCCGGAUGGCUUAUGGCGGUGCUGGUAGCCCUCCUCCCCCGCCUCCUCCUGGCGACCAGCCUCCUCCUCCUCCCCCUGGCAAUCAACCUCCUCCACCUCCUCCUAGCGAUCAGCCCCCCCCCUCCCCGCCUCCGGCGUGA